AUGGAACCAGAGCCGUCCAUUACCGCUCUCCUCAAGGCUAUCACAGCCCUCACAGCUACAGUUGGGUCCUUACAGGACCAAAUUAGAUUGCAGAGCCAACAGCUCAUCAAGCUCAAGGCCAUAUGCAAGGAGAGACCGCCAACCUACUUGGUGACAAGGACCAAGGAACCCAAGCCAGCCUGGCCCAUUGACUGGGCCUGUCACUCCCCCACUCACACAGGGGGAGAAGCCCACACUCCAGGAACGGUUAGGCCUGGACUCAAGGCCCCCUUCCACCCAUCAAGGGGUACCAGUUUUGACUCAGAAGAAGAAGAGCCAAGAAGGGAACCCAAGAAAGAGCCUCAAGGAACGCCUAGAAGGCAUCUCAGCUCCCUCAUCCUUUUGACUCAGGGAGAUACUAGGGGACAAAAAGCCACCCAAUGGCUAGACUGCAUGCUCCUAUGGGUAGCCCUGCACAGGGACCAGUUUGACAAGGAGGAGCAGAUGGUUGUACAAAGCAGCCAAUUGGGCGCUCCCCCUUAUUGGGGCCAUCAUCAAGGGCAAGGGGAAUCCCCCUACUACCAUCCCGGCCUUAACGGCCAAUUCAAGGAAGCCUUUGCCAAUCCAGAUGCAAAAAGGGCAGCCGCCAGGAAGAUUGCUGCGCUAACCCAGACAUCCACCACGUCUGAGUAUGUUACCAAAUUCUGCAAUCUCAUAGCAGAACUAGAUUGGAACAAAGAGGUGUAUAUUGCCCAAUUCACACACAGUCUUCACUGGAAGGUCAAAGAACUCCUGUCCACCAAGGACAACAUACCUGACAAGUUGGAGGCCAUUUUGCUGCCUCCAUCAAAAUUGAUAACACUUGCCGGGAAAAUGAGGAGAAUCAGCCAAAAAAGCAACCAGCCAAGUCCUGAGGAUCCUAACUAUGUCACACUGGAAGAAAGGGAUUGCCGCUGCGCUUCUGGACUCUGCGUCAAAUGUGGGCAGAAGGGUCACAGGAUUAAGCAAUGCCCCAAUGGCUGGAAAGCAACCAUCAAGGCAGCCAAGAUUGCGGAGGACAAAUUGGGAAAAGAAUAG